GUGAGCCUGGGCUUCAGUCCUCUCCCCUUGCCCGCCGUCACCAUCUGCAACGCCAACGCAGUGAGGGUGUCACAGGCUUCCCAAGCUGUCCUGCUACCUACAGACUGUCCUGAAAGUCCCCCAAAAUAAACAGGACCCGGAUUGUUUUGACGACAACAUCGUUGUGAACGAGACAGGCAACGUUCCCGACUUUGGUUGUGCUGGCGACUGUGAAGGUAGCCUGGACAGCACGGCCAUCUAUCAGUACCACUUAGACAUGGGACUGGCCAAUACAUCCAGGCAGCUGCUGAAAGAAGUUGGACAUCAACUUGACGACAUGAUUUUGAACUGUGCCAUCACCGGCAGAGACUGCAGCUAUCAAAAUUUUACCCACUCUUUGUCGUAUGACUACGGCAACUGUUACACACUGUCGCUUCCCAACAUCAAGUCAACUAGAAGUGGUCCACUACAAGGUCUGUUCCUGGAGCUGAACAUCGAGUCGGACGAGUACCUGAGCACCGAGGAGUCUGGCUACGGUCUGCGAGUCGUCCUGCACGAGAACGGCACGCGCCCCAACCCCACCAACGAGGGCUUCACAGUUCCUGCUGGCUCUGAGGUCUUCGUGGCAAUCAGAAUGGUAAAUGUCAACAGCCAGGGUCCACCUUACGGCUCUUGUGACAACGGUGAAGAAUACAAACAAAAAACUGGCAACAACUACACGACUGGGGGAUGCCGUGAUCUGUGCAUCAGAACGACCAUUUUGCAAAAUUGCAAGUGUGUUCCACUCCAAGAUGACUUUGCUCUUCUCUUGAACGACUCCUUCUGCCGCUCAGACCAAGAGUAUGACUGUAUGUCCUUGUUUUAUGCUAAUUAUUACAACGGUCUUACCAACGGCAGUGACACUUGCACCUGCUCUAGGCCAUGCAGUGAAUCUGCUUACCAAGCCAGCGUGACAAGUCGGCCCUGGCCUUUGUUUAAAGAAGUGGCGCAGUUAGAAGAACAAGCUUGUCUAGCCAACUCAGACAGCCCCAAGUGUGACUACCAGGGCCAAAACUUUACCUUUGAUACCUUCGAACUCCGCAGAUCUUCCUUCAUGAUGCUACAAGUGUACUAUGAGCGAUUGAACUACGAGAUUAUCACAGAGAAGCCUUCAUAUGAGGUGGAGCGGUUCCUGUCUGACAUUGGCGGCACCCUGGGCUUGUGGAUCGGAGCGUCGGUGCUGGUACUCGGCGAGCUUCUGGAGCUCGUCAUCCUGCUGCUCGUGCGGUGCCACAGGGCGAGUAAACGUCACGUGACUAGCACGUGACAUCGCCUGCCUCACCUGUGACAACAGAAAACUAGACACCAACUCCUUGCUACUAUCGUUUGCCAGUGAAACCCUCUUACGUUUCUAGAUUUUCGACUGUGAUAUAAUUUUUUUAUUUGUUUGCAGCCAACUCGUGCUGACGUCACCUGUCACGUGCUAAGGACUUUCGUAUUCACAUGUGACAUCCUUGUUAGACUAGAUAGUUAGCGUUGUAUUAGCUGGAUAUA